UCUAAAGUGAAGGAGAUGUCCGCUACGAAUUCCCGGUGACAUGUCUCUACAAUUUCUACUAUGGGCGAAGUUUCAAUCACAUUGAUUCUACUGGCGAUUCUCACCUAUUUCGCGGAAUAUUCUUUAGCUGGAUAUGACGUGCUACCGGACCUACAGGGAAUUCCCGAGAGUGCUUUCUACAAUGUCACUUACGUAGUUCAUUCUUCGGAUGAUAGACAGAAAAUGAAUCACAAUAUACGGAAUCAGUCAGUACCGGACGAACAGCGACUUAUGUAUUACCUCCUAAUGGGAUAUGAAAAGUCUGUCCGGCCUGUUCGAAACGCUAGCAAACCAGUUGUAGUGGGAAUGGGCCUAACUAUGACUCAGAUAUUUGACAUGGAUGAAAAGAAUCAAGUUCUUGUUACCAACGCCUGGCUGGAUCAGGGAUGGCACGACGAGUUCCUUAUAUGGGAACCUAAAGACUUCAACAACAUCACAACAUUAAGAAUUCCUUGCGAUAAACUGUGGUUGCCUGAUAUCGUCUUAUAUAACAAUGCAGCGGAAUAUACAGAUGGGGUUAUGCCUGCAAACGCUAUGGUGAAAAAUAAUGGCGACGUGUUUUGGCCUGUUCCAACGAAAUUACAAAGUUCAUGUAAAGUGGAUGUGACUUAUUUCCCAUUUGAUGACCAAAGUUGUAGAUUAAAAUUUGGAUCUUGGACAUAUGAUGGGUAUCAAGUGGACAUAACAAACAGAUCAGAAGAGGUAGACCUCUCCAACUAUGUAGUAAACGGCGAAUGGGAGUUACUUCAGGUUAGAGUUGUGAGAAACGUUGUUAUUUACCCAUGCUGCCCUGAACCCUUUCCGGAUGUGACGUUUUAUGUCCACAUCCGACGUCGAACCUUGUACUAUAUGUACAAUGUUGUGUUUCCGUGUAUAAUGAUGUCGGCGUUGACACUACUCGUUUUUUGCCUGCCACCGGACUCGGGGGAGAAGAUUGCUUUGGGAAUCACAGUUCUCCUGGCCUUUUCAGUAUUUAUGCUGGCGGUAGCGGAAAAUCUACCGGAAACAUCAGAAUUUGUACCACUCAUAAGUAUAUAUCUGACCAUCGUGAUGACUUUAACCUCUCUAUCCGUCAUGAUGACUGUAUUUGUGCUGAAUCUGCACCACCGGGGCCCUAACAGAGUUGAAGUACCACCGUGGAUACGCACCCUUUGUUUUGGAAGGAUGCAGUCCCUAUUGUGUAUAAACGACGACAAAACGUUUAGCUCAUACCUUACUCCACGAGAGUCUAAAUUCAUCCGAACCAUGUCCCUAAAGGUGACACUUGAUAACAUUGCCCAAGAACUUCAAAACGAAAUUCAGUUGGAGAAUGGCAUGGCGGAUACUGUUGUUACAGAACGGGAGGGCACCACUAUACACGAUCACCGUACAAGUGACGGGCGCUUUAAUGGUGACGGACGGUUUAAUGCGGGUUCUAGCGACUCGUUACGACGCCACAUGCGCCCACCCCUCACAAGGGGACAUUCUAAUAAUAAAGCGCAUGAUGAAAUAAUACAAGCUUUAAAACGAAUUCUCGAAAAGCACGAGAAAGGGGACCGAGAUUAUGAGAUUGUACAGGAUUGGCGGAGGGUUGCUCAAGUGGUGGACAGGAUCCUGUUCUGGAUAUUCUUCCUUGGAACUUUUAUAUCAACAUUGAUUAUUCUUGUUAUUACUCCUGCCUCAAAAUGAACCGAACUUUGUGCAUGCCAAAAGGUUCAAAAACAAAAAUGUGAAGUUAAGCAUUUUUCUUUAUUUUUUUCGGCUUUUAAAUAAUUUUCAUUGGCUAUAUUCUGACAUGACAUACAUAUAAAAGGUUCGUCGAUUAGACUACGUUACCCACUUACGUUACAAUCACAUACAACAUAGAUUUUACUGGGUAAAUAUCUAUCAAUAGAAUCUAUAUUAAGAAAAUCUUGAAGAGAAGUAUGUUUUUUUUAUUAUUACUUUGAAAAUUAUUGUCAAAAUUGAAGUAAUCAUCAGUAUCGUUUCAAGUGAGAAUGAUCGCUUUGUGAUAUUAUAGAUACGUUUUCGUAUAAUAUGUAAGAAACUUACCCCCUCGACCCCUCCGCCUAUACCCCCAACCUUACUCCCUGUUUUUGUAUCGGAAUCGGUCGGAAUCAGUUAUGCCAUUUCUCAUUAUAUCUUCACCUUUUGUUUGUUUAAGGCGAUAUUUUUAUUUUCCUGUAAAACAAUUUAAAUGUUGACAUAUUGCCUUUUUUAUCUAUUCGUCAUAAUUUUGAAACCCAGAACAUGAAAGUCACUUAAAACUUUCAGUUUAUUUGAACACAUUUGUAUUAUUGUUAUCAAUAUAUAUAAAGCUUGUUGGAUACAAAUGAAACACCAUGCAUAGCCAAAAAACUCUCUUCAUUAAUACAUACGCAAUGAUAAUCAUUUGAAACAUAUAAUGAUAUUGGAUUGUUACAGCUGACGGUAUAUCUAACCAAUUAUUACGUACAUAUCAUAUCGUCUAACAGGCUGAACUAAAGCAAACAAAUAACGAAAUCAAUUAGUACGAAAUAUAUUUUGCUGAAUAAGUACAAGCAGCAUAUUUCUAAAUGCUGACAAGAAAUAACACAAGUAAUGGGGAAUAUAUAGCACUGACUAUACUUGCUUUUGUAAAUAAAUGUCUUAUCAGCGAAGACGCAGGUCAAUAUUUUGAAGUUAAUGAUGUGUUGGUACAAAGAUAUCGUACGUAUCUUUACAACUAAUAAUGUACUUUUGUAAAUCAUGUGUUGUUUUUAUAUAUUUUGUUGGUAUUGAUGAAUUCAUGGAGAAAUGAAAAACAAUAACGCUUUUAAGAUAUAAAAGACAUAAAUCAUACGAGUUGUAUGUCUUGUGGUUUUGCUAUUGUAUGGGGCAGUUUGUAAUGACAUACAUGUCCUACACCACAAAAUGAUUGUAUCAUCAUAGAAAGAUGUGGAAUGGGUACUAACGUGGAAGUUUUUAUCACGUACCAGAAAUCCAUUGGUAAAUACGCUCAAUGACAAAUAACCUUAACCAUACCAGUUGUAGCGCUGGUCGAAGCGUUGUUUGACAUACAACCAUCAAUCUUAUACAUAUUGUAAUGUGUUAUACUCUGUAUUUGCAUAUCAGCCAACUCAAAUAUACCUUAAUCAAAGAACAUUUGCACUAGAACGAUUGUUUAUAGUACAUAUCUUUUUUCUAGAACGAAGUUCAGCAAACAGCAAGAAAGUUUUUAUCCAGUUAUGGGUUUUUUUCCAAUUAGUACAGAUAUACUACGACCGAUUCGUUUCAUUCUUAACCAAAAUAAUGAGAAUAAAACGACCAAAAUAUAUUAGUAUUUUAUGACACUCGUUAUGCUUGUAUUAAUUAUGGUAAGACUUUUUUUUUAAUCUAAAACUCAUUACCAGACAUAUCAUUUUGGAGAUGAGAUACUUACUAAAUACCUUAAACUCUCCAUGAUAAACAGAAUAUCAAAAGGUACAUUCAUAUCAUUUUCUACAAUAAUGUUCAUCUCAAGAUACCAAAGAUUAGUUCUAGCUUCAAACAAAAGUGGCAUUACAGUAUGAAAACAAUGGUUACCUUGCUACCAAACAAUCUGACUACUUCCCUUCAUUGUUGCUUCUUCGUGAUCAUAACAUAAUCUCUCACUAUGAACUACUAUAUGUACAUACCAGGAGGUAUCAUAUUGCUUUUUUCCCAGAGCAUAUGUUGUACCUGCCGAUUUUUAUGUGGGUCCAUAAUGCAUUUUCAAGAUAUUUUUAAUUCUUUUUACUUUCUCAACAAUUGGUUUAACUUUCCAUAACAUUUUAUAAUGUUUGUGUUUAAUUGAUCCAGUAAGCAAAAAUGUAGGCACAGACUCGCUUAAUGAUGUUUGUCACUCAACUAAAGGUUUUUAAUCAGUGUUAAGUUGUGAUUCAUGUACAAUGUAUUUGCUGGUCAAUUGAUUAUACCGGUAAAAAAAUGUUCUGCAUAAGUGGAUGUGUGCGAGUAUACAAUAUUUGUCAUUUCAAAAUAUUUUAUUAAAUCAAUCAGAUUUAAUGGGAAUUGGGCAACAAGCAAAGCCUUUACAAGCCCUCUCCCAGGAGGUACAUCUCAAACAAUAGCAAUAUAAUGAACUAUGAAUAUUUACAUAAUGAACAUACUUUAGGAACAUAAGAAUUAGAUCAGUGCCAAUGAUGAUAGGAGACGGAUAGGAAACAGAUACAGAGUAUACAAUAUUCUCGAUUUGACCCUUAUAUCAUGUAAGUACUGAUUUGUCCAGUGUAUGUCAAGUAUCAAUACGUCUUCGCCUAACGUGAACAAAUUAUAAUACUCGUAAAAAUCCACAUCACAGUAUACAAUACUGGAUGUGAAAUAUCAACAGUAUAGCAGUGUUUUAAAGAUCUUUUUUAUAGCUUCAAAUACAACUAUUUUCAUAACCAUUUGAUUUAACUCUUUCUGUCACACGCUUUUCUUCUGUGGAUUAAUAUUUGUAACAUAGUUUGUAGAAAGUUUUGUUUUAAUGUUUAAGUUCUAGAAUGAAAUAUGUGUCUUCGACGACAUACCAACUGUGUUUUUGCAUUGAUAUUUAUACCUUGGUAUCAGUUGAUGUGAACCACUGCUCACGAAGAAAAACAAAAUAUUACAAUUAAUGUUACAUGAAUGGAGGCGAAGCACUCAUUUCAACGACUGAAAAGUAUAUGCUUAUGCAUUGUUCAAAUAAUUCUUACUCUCUCUUUAUAAAAUAUGUAUUAGUUUAAUUUGAAACCUAAAACAUUUAUUUGAAAUGAAUAAUUUCAUACUGUAGCUACAUUAAGUUUUGUGCUUAUAUCUUCUUUGAUGACUAAACUAUAUUGCAUGUUGACUGACAGCUUUGGUAUAAUUAUCACAUCUGUGUUGCCAUAUUGACAGACGUGUGUUGAAAAGUGACAAAAAUUCGCUGCUAAGUGAGAUCCUGGUGUUUUAGUAACUGGGAGUACCGUGUUGGCCCUCAUCAGCAGCUUGUUUCGUGCGGCUAACGCAAUUAAUACAAUGUACGAUACCUUUAUAUAUGUACACAUGAAUAAAUGUCAUAGCGAAA